AAUAAAUUGCGGCGGCCUGUGCGUCCCAUUGAUCGUCAAAGAAUGCGCCCCUGGUUAAUGGAGCUGCUUGACCUUGGAAAUGUUUUUGGAUUGCGAUGGACAAACAGACAUCAAGGAAUAUUUCAAAUUUCCUGGCGGCAUGCAUCUCGACUUGGCUGGAACCUUGAAACUGAUGGUGAUGUUUUUGAAAGAUGGGCAAGACAUACAGGUAAACUAGUGCUGUAAUUUUGUGGACAAAUAUAUAUAAAUGUAGAGAAAUAGACUUGAAAGAACCUAAAUAAAAAUGAUAUUGGUGAGGACUCUUUCCUGAGAAGCCAGUGUAAGUAACAUUGAAGAUUUUCAAAAUUUUGGGAUACUGUGCCUAUGUUACCAUAACACCACUUGGGCUUGACUAACAGUCAACUGUGGUUCUAACUUAAAUGAUCGCUGAGUUAAAAGUUCCAGGUGUAAAAUCUUAUAUAACAUAAAUAAGCAUGCUAUUAAAAUGUAAAUAAACUUAACCAUCUUGAAAAGAUAUGAUUCAAAGCUGGAAUUGAAUGAUAAACUUGUCUGUAAAAGAGUUAAUAGUUUGCUGGCAAUUUCAUUCCGUCAGGCAUUUACAAAGAGGGCGAUCCCCCUGAACCAAAACGCUGGAAAGCGAAUUUUAGAUGCGCUCUUCACAGUCUUCAUGAUGUUAUUGAGCUGACUAAUGCAGUGGAUCGUAGAGGACGCAAUGCCUGCAGAACUUAUAGGUUUCUGCAGAGUAAUGAUGAGCAAACCAUCAUCAGAAAAAGAGCCAAAGCAAGAAGUAAGGAAAUCAUUUUAUUUUUAGCAUCGAUAAGCUUCUUCUAGUUCUUUAAUAUGAAAAUGAGCAGGUUGAUGUAGAAUGAGUUUUAAACCUACCAGAUCAAUCACAGAGGAGUUACUACUUUUUCUCAGGGCAAAACUGCCCUUCAUUUUAGGAGAUCAAACACAUACAUGUGAAAAAGAAUGACAUCACAAAAACAAAAAACAACAACCCAAAAAAUCAACUUAUUUAAACACCAUUGAGAAGACACGGUAAAAAAGAAACAAUGUGUCAAGGGGUGUGGGGGGUUGUUCACCAUUGAUUGCCGACCCCAGGGGUUUCAUAAGUUUGUGCCACGUGAACCAGGGGUGCUGUGUUGCAGGAUCAUGCCAAAGGGGCAACACUUUAUUUAAUAAAAAUGAAAUCGCUAUCUCUGAGAAGUGUAUUUAUUAUAAUUUGAUAUAGUGCACCUGGUAAAAACCUAAAUGUGGCUAGGGCGCUUUAAAUCAGAAACAUUCUAGGAACCACUGGUAUAGCCGAACAAAAUUAACUAGAUACACCAUGCAUGUGGAACAAACAAAAGGGCCAUCCCGUACAUGAUGACAUGCUAUCUAGGCAGAAAUUUGAAAAGAAAUAGCUAUUUUUAUAUAAAAACUAAUUAUAAACUAUUAAUAAUUCUGGAUUUGUUACAUAUUGAAACAUUAAAUAAAUGUAGUUCUUUAAUAAUCCAAGCAUAAUAUUUUAAACACAAUAAAAUAAAACAUUUCCUCAAUAAAAAGAAUAUCAACUGUCAUUUUUAGCAGAUAUAUUUUUAUUUUACUGUCCACCUCUUUUCAACACCUUUCUUUUUUUUAAACAAAGCCUAAUGGGAUUUGAUUUUCAAAAAGCUAUUUUUUUAAAAAUUAUAAUAUUAAUGUUAAACAUACUCUUUUUUUCCUUACUAACUGUGCAUAGGAGUGAAAGAGCUGUUGGAGCGACCUUAUGAAAGGCACACUGCAGAAACAGCACAGCCACUUAUUUUGGACUCAGCUUCGAGUGAGGAGUGCAACUCAGAGACAGAAUCAGAUGUUUCUCAAGAAGACAAAGUAUUAAACUAUAUUAUAACUUAGCUUAAUAAAACAAUUUUAAUGGGAGUUUUUUUCGCCGUAGUAAGUAAAGAUGAAUGAUAAUAAAUGCUCUUUUAAAUGCUUAUAAAACUAAAUAAUAUUAUUGUAACUACCUAAAUUGUUUUAGUUUACUUACAAGUAAAAACUGUUUCAGGUGAUAGUACAGAAGUUGGACAUCAAAUCUGACAUCCCAGAAGAAGAGUUUUGCCUUCAUCAUGAUCAUGACUACUCAGCUGGACCAGACAAAACUCGUAAGAUUUACCUUUGAAGUAUUGUCAAGGCAUCCACCACCAAUCUCUUUUUUUUCUCAGAAACAAAACUAAAUUUCAAUUUAUCAUUGCUUAAUAUAACCACUUAAUUUUUUUUUUCCCCAUUUCAACCUACGAACUCUCAAAUGCAAUUUUGCUGUGGUGUCAACUCUUGUUUAGUAACUUUGAUAUGUAUCACUAAAAUACCUAAAACUAAUAGAAAAAUGAAUCCGGAGACCAAUAUAAGUAUAGAUAUUCUGACAGUAAAUUUGGAAAGGAAUCAUAUGGUAUGAAUGUUGGAAUUCUGUCAGCUUUGUGAAAUAAACAUGACCUUGACAGUGAGUACAAUUGUGCUACUAUCAUCUGAAUUUGUUUUUAGACACAUAAAACGCUAUUCAUUCAAUUUAGAAAAUCUGAAGUUAUUGGGGUUUAUAGAAAUAAAAGAAACCAAAAAACAUUGGUCACCUACAUCUUUCUCUUAGUGUGCCUAUUAAUUUCAUCAGUACCCUACUUUCUACUACUUCUAGUAUUAGAACUUGAACUGCUACUAGUGCUAGCUAGCUCCACUAUUAGAACUUGAACUGCUACUAGUGCUAGCUAGCUCCACUAUUAGAACUUGAACUGCACUCAGAUGUUGUCCAGCAAAACUUAAAGCUUAAUUUAUUUGAACUAAUUUUUUUUGUGAAAGUGAUUUUAAAUAUAGUUUUGUGGGCAUUACUCAUGGUAGCGAUAAUUAGGAUAGUGGAUCUAGCACUAGUAGCAGUUCAAGUUCUAAUAGUGGAGCUAGCUAGCACUAGUAGCAGUUCAAGUUCUAAUAGUGGAGCUAGCUAGCACUAGUAGCAGUUCAAGUUCUAAUACUAGAAGUAGUAGAAAGUAGGGUACUGAUGAAAUUAAUAGGCACACUAAGAGAAAGAUGUAGGUGACCAAUGUUUUUUGGUUUCUUUUAUUUCUAUAAACCCCAAUAACUUCAGAUUUUCUAAAUUGAAUGAAUAGCGUUUUAUGUGUCUAAAAACAAAUUCAGAUGAUAGUAGCACAAUUGUACUCACUGUCAAGGUCAUGUUAAUUUCACAAAGCUGACAGAAUUCCAACAUUCAUACCAUAUGAUUCCUUUCCAAAUUUACUGUUAGUUUAUAAAAAAAAAAAAUUAGAAAAUUUCAGCUCCAUUCAAAUUCAAAAAAAAUAAUUAACUCAUGAAAUAUUUACCUUAAUUUUCUAUGAGUAGGAAGUAAAUUUAAUUUGUUAGUUAUCCCCCGUUAAAAAAAAAAAAGUAAAACUUCCAAUUAGCCUUUAGAAUAUUAAUUUUAGUGGAGACCGAUUAUAUUGGCCAUAACACCGCAUAAGCAUCCAUAAUGGCCAAUCAUCAGCCGUUAUGCCAGUUCGUGGGUUAAUAUAAAAACUUUUGUUAAUUAACAAAUUAUACUUUCAAAGUUUUUUUAUGUUUGGUUGUCUCUUUAGCUUUCAUCUUCAUUUAAUUUCCUGAACUUCUUUCUUUUCUGCCUAAAGAGAAAACAAUUGUGCUGCGCCAAGGAGUUGGAUCAAUAGUGCUACAUAAAGAGAUCCUGAGUGCCCCAGAUGAAGGGGAUUAUGUUAAAAAUCUCCUCAUCUCAAACUUGGACCAAUUGGCAUCGGCUGCCAUGAGUUCGGCAGGUCUUGAUGCCGGGCAACAGGGGCAAGAGGCUGAAGAUGGGAAAGACAGAAAACCUGUGAAACACAAGCAGAAAAACAGGGAUGCUGCGUAUGAUAAUGAAGAGGGCAGUGAGGAAAAUUUCAUGUCUGAAUGCACCUUAAAGCAUCUGCUGACUGGCUCUGCUGGGGCGGACAGAGGGGAAUAUAUGAUUAAAAAAAGGAAAUCGUCUUCACAUAAUGAUGAUUUGAGAGGUGGAGCAUUUGAUGGCACCCAGUCUUCUGUUGCCCAACUGAAAAAGGGCAGUAAAAGAAAAUCCACUGAACAAGUUCACUCCUCACAAAAGCCAUACAGCAAUGAAGUGGCCAACCAACCGACAUUGUCACCUCCUUCGUCCCCCCUGUCAUUGCCGAGGAGUGGCUCUCCUAAAAUUUUAUCCAGGAGAUCCAAAAAAAAUUCUGGCAAGAGUGAAAAGUCUGUGUCAGAUUCAACGGAGCCUCUGAUGUCAUCAUGUUUGCUUUUGCUGGAAGCAGCUACCAGGUUGGAUGAUGCUG